UGGUAAUACAAAUAGCAUGGAAAGUGUGUUAAAUGAACUUCGGGAGUUAGGUGAGCAAUUCGCAACUCAUGUCCAGCGUGUGAAGCUUCUAAAAAAUGAGGAAGAUGUUAGUUCCCUUAAAAAGGCGAUAUCCAGCCUAGAGAAUGAUCUUAAGCAACUUCGAAUGUCCUAUGAAUGCCAGAUAAAUCACUUGAGUACUACUCUAAAUAUUGUACUGGACGAAAAAAGAGACUUGGAGAAUGAAAUUCUAGUAAGGAAAGAAAAUGACGCUCAUUUUCUGGAUAGGUUCAGUUUUUUACGAUUGGUAUGUAUUUUGCAGGAUUUCAGUGGAAUCGUCUAAAAAUGCUAAACUUCUUCUGGAGAUAAGUCAUCUUAAAACUGACGUUGCCGAAAAAACUAAUCAGAUUACAGCGCUGAAAAUGCAUGUACAAGAGUUGGAGACACAUGGGGAAGAGAAAGAGAACGUGAAAUCGAAACUUACUGAGGAGAUAAAUUUUCUAAAGCAAAAACUUUCAAUGUCCGAAGACCUAUACACUGAGACUGCUAACCAGCUUCAAAGUGCAUUGAUGGCAUUAAAUUCUCAAAAACUGUUUGCGAAGGAGCGUCUUAGUCGCAGUCAAAACAGAAUACAAUGGUAUAUCUCUCAGUUCGCUGCAAAAGAUUUCCAAGUUGAAGAAUCUCGCAGAAAGGAAGCUUCCAUUUCUACUGCCAUCUCUCAACUGCGUGCCAAAGCCCAGGAGGAACUUAUUCAGUACCGUCAGCAAGCUGCAGACAUCUACAAGAAACCAAUAGCUACUUUGCAAAGUCAGUUGGUUUCGGAGAGAAGAGAAAAUCGAUUUUUGAAGACUAAAUGUCUGAAGAAUGAUCAAACAAUUCUUAACUUGCAGCGGCAAAUUGCUGAAUUGAAUUCUAAAGUUUACAGCACUGAACAUCAAACUGAACUUUUGAAGAAUGCUUUGGAAAGUUUGGGGAAGGAGCAUAAUCGCUUAAGAAGUACCUAUGAGGAUAAGAUUCAGAGACUGGAGGCUUCUAUAACCUCUAGUGCCGUUGACUUUGAUUUAAUGCGAAGUAAAGAGAAUGAAGUUAUGAAGGAAUUAUCAAAAUUUAAAAGCAUGUUGAAUUUAGACGAAGAGAGUCUCCACACACGGAUAUAUAACGAACAAAUUAAUCAAGUUAUUGAGGAACUGGAUGAUGAGGAGAAUUUUCAGCGUUUGGAAAAUGACAAAAAAAUCGAAUUUGACAGAACAUAUGAACCGAGAGCUAUCUCACAUACGGAUUGUGCCGUUCCAUCAAAAGGUAUACAUUCUUUUGUGAUGGCAUCAAAUGAUGAUCUACGCGACACUCCUCAGAAUAUUGAUGUUGAGUUACAAAACUGUGAUCAAGUAAACUUUGACACGAAGAAGUUUGGUCUAAGUUCUUCCAAAAAUGCAAUCAUGGAUACAAAAAUCAAUGCCUCAGUACCUGGUAGUCCAAAUUCAUCGAUGUGCUUAUCAGGAUCCAAUGCUAUUGGAUACUUACAAAUUUGUGAAAUUGAUCCCAAUGGUGAGUAUUUACUUCUAUGGAAUUCAAGUACAAACAAGUUUAUUUAUUUAUACCUAAAGGAAAUUGAUAUUGGAUUACAUAAAGUUUGUCAAAAACAUAUUCAAGAGAAAAUUAAUGAAUAUACAUUUCCAGCUGAUGUUCGAAUGUCACCACGAACUGUAUUUACUUUAUGGUCGAAUAAUGCCAUUAUACCAAAGAAUAUUCAUAAUACAAAAAAUGUAUUCCGAUGUCCAAAUAUUUGUAAAUGGUUCAAUGGUCCAAAUUAUAUAACUAUGGUAUCAAAUUCUCGUGAUGAGAUUUUAGCUUGGCUUACACCAUCUGCACGAUGUUUUACGAGUCGCAAUGAACGAGAAAAUUCUCUGCAGAAUUGUAAUUCAUCCGGAAUUCAAUAUGCAUUAAAUCUUAAUCGUGAUCCGCUAAUGAUAACAAGACAAAAGUCAAAUAAUAAUAAAUUAUCAUCAUCAUCAGCUAAUCAAUCGUAUCAUCAGAAUUCUACUGAUUUCUCAUUGAAUGAAAUAGAAAUUGAUGAAAUGAAUCAAGUUAAAUUAUAUUCCUUACCCCUAUAAACCAAACUCCAAUUAUUCACGUCAAUUAUCAAAUGAUGAAACUGAUCAAAAUACACAUUAAUUUACGAAUACAUUAAAGAUAAUGAGUUAAUUUCAAUGUAGGUUUCGUUUUUUUUAUAUUUCAAAUGAAAACCACAUGACAACAAUGAUGAUAAAAUAAACGAAAUGUCUAUUUUGUGUAUGUGUGUGUGUGUGUAGUUUUUCUAUGUACUUUCUUGAAUUGAUUCUUAAAAUCAGUAUUCUUUAUCAUCUUAAUAUUUUAACAUAAUGAAAUAAAUUGUCGUUUGGAUAUCA